AUGUCGACUAGAACGACUCAGUUACACAUUGUUGAUGGAAUCACAUCAGUUGAUUGUCAAAAUCAAGUACGUUCAUGGAGUCUUCUUCGAUCAAUUAUGUGGUUUAUCAUUCCAAGCUGCACCGGAAACAUCUCUGAUCAACAACUUGAAAGUCGAAGAAAAGGAGACUAUUACAGUAACAACAAGUACCUCCAUUAUUUACAACCACGUCGAAGUCGUUCAGUAUCACCUUCCAGGAAUACCAAAAACGAUACCAUCUCAGGGAUCAAAAACAUUUCGACAGGGACCAUCUUUGGAUACCGUCAAGGGAAAGUUACAUUCUGCAUUCAAUCGAAACCAGAUUCUAAUAUUCCUACACUACUUCUUGAACUUGCAUUACCUACAGCUAUUCUAGCAAAGGAAAUGAAAAGUGGGUUAUUAAGAAUUUCCCUGGAGUGCAACAAUAGAUCUCGGCAUUCCUCUUCUAAUCUCUUGUCUGUACCAGUUUGGACUAUGUAUUGUAAUGGGAGAAAAGUUGGUUCCGCUAUAAAACGUAUACCAACACAAGCUGAUAAGAAAGUUCUUAGUUUAAUGGGUGAAAUUUAUGAAGGUGUGGGUAUUAUAAAUGCCAAAACGCUAUUGAAGUCGUCCGUUGAUGAUAAUUAUGAGGAUCUACGUAACCAUGGUGACCUUAUGUACUUGCGAGGUAAUUUCGAAAGAGGAUCUGCUUCUUCAAAUUCAGAAUCCUUCCAUUUGAUAAAUCAAGAUGGAAGUAGUAAUCAACAACUCAGCAUUUUCUUCACUCGAACUAGAUGA